AUGAACCAGUUCCGAGCUCCAGGUGGUCAAAACGAGAUGUUGGCGAAAGCCGAAGACGCCGCUGAAGAUUUCUUCCGCAAAACGAGGACCUACCUGCCGCACGUUGCUCGUCUCUGCCUGGUAUCGACAUUCUUGGAAGAUGGAAUUCGUAUGUAUUUCCAAUGGGAUGAUCAGAAACAAUUCAUGCAAGAGUCUUGGUCAUGCGGAUGGUUCAUCGCUACCCUCUUCGUCAUUUACAACUUCUUCGGACAGUUCAUCCCAGUUGCCAUGAUCAUGCUCCGUAAGAAGGUAUUAGUCGCUUGUGGUAUCUUGGCCAGUAUCGUCAUUCUUCAAACCAUCGCUUACCACAUUCUCUGGGAUCUGAAGUUCUUGGCCAGAAACAUCGCUGUCGGAGGAGGACUUUUGCUUCUUCUCGCUGAAACUCAGGAAGAGAAGGCUUCCCUUUUUGCUGGAGUGCCAACCAUGGGAGAUUCGAACAAGCCAAAGUCAUACAUGCUCCUUGCCGGACGUGUCCUUCUUAUCUUCAUGUUCAUGUCUUUGAUGCACUUCGAGAUGACCUUCAUGCAAGUUCUGGAAAUCGUUGUUGGAUUCGGUCUCAUCACUCUUGUUUCAAUCGGCUACAAGACUAAACUUUCUGCUAUGGUUCUUGUCAUCUGGCUCUUCGGACUCAACCUUUGGCUUAACGCUUGGUGGUCGAUCCCGGCUGAUCGUUUCUAUAGAGACUUCAUGAAGUACGAUUUCUUCCAAACAAUGUCUGUCAUCGGAGGACUUCUUCUCGUCAUUGCUUAUGGACCAGGAGGAGUAUCAGUUGAUGACUACAAGAAGAGAUGGUAG